GUUCGUGUGAGCGCUCGGAUCGGUCGUCCGGAAGGAUACGCGCGUUUUGCGGUGUUUUGUGGUGCUCCAAGGGUUAUCUACAGUUGUUGAUCAGUGACAAAUCUCAACGGUGUUGGACAGCGACAAUGAAUGAAUUUAUUAAUAAUUUACUCUGGUAAAUUGUGAGUUUUGAGAGUGGACGGUUUGCGUGAACCAGAUAAUCGGAUAAGUGGAAAUUGUUCAAGAUUGCAGAUAAAACUGACACUAAACUAUUGCAAUACAACAAUCAUGAAGCGAGUAGUAUUGCAAAUAACACUAUGGAUGGUACUGCUGGAAUCGAAUUUAUUGCUUGCGAAAGCGGCCAGUUUCAAGAACAAACAACAAUCGGGAAACGGUAGAUCAUUGGAGUAUCCUCCGGUUCCACAAGUGCAGUAUGAUGAUUAUCCGAUGGUAGUGCCCAAACGGGCCGCAAUGUUGCUCGAUCGGCUGAUGGUUGCUCUGCAUCACGCACUGGAGAAGGGCGAAGGGGAGGAUGGCGGAGGACGUCCAAUCAAUAAGGUGUACCGGGAUACCAAGUACGGAGGUCGUCCCGUUACCAACGGUAUGGUCAAACAGCAGCAGCCGCCGCAGCAACAACAGCAGCCAAGCAAGACGGAGCAGCUGAUGAAGUCGUAUUACGCCGAGGCAGAGGGCGAGGACUCGGAAGAAGCCAACGUGAUACCUGAUGGGCUCGAUGAGCUCGAGGGCCGCAGGGAACUGCUUGACGAAAUGAUGGACAUCCAGACGAGGGGCACCGAGGACAAGACGAAAAAAGGACGAUAUUGGAAGUGUUAUUUUAAUGCUGUUAGUUGUUUUUAAGCGUGUAUUGUACUUAUCGGGAUGAAUAUUUGGUUCGAAGUUCUAGAAUAGAAGUAGGCACUAGGUUGAACGAAAUCCCAAGAUAGUAAGAAAGACCACAGCGAUACUUUAAUAGAUGCUUCGUCAGAAAAUUAAAUACAGAAAAAGAACUGAAUUUGUUUUGAACAUAAACUAGCACUCAUCACUUGCUGUAUAAUCAAAUUAUACACUAUCAUACACAAUUAAUAACAUCGAAUGAAUGUUGUUCGUUACUUAUUUAUACAGAAUAAAUCUCAUUUUGUAAAAUAUAUUCAUCACAACAGGUAUUCCGAUGUAACGUAUGUUUUG